AGGCGCAGAGGGACAGGGUACAGAGGCAGAUAGGGAACUCUGACAGGAUAAGCCCACACGAGGCUCAUUCACACCCUCUGCAGCAGCAGCAGCAGCAGCAGCAGACGCAAUCCAGACACACUUUAUCACACACUCUCUUCCAGUCACAACAUCCUCUUUUAUUCUCCAGCAGCGAUGGCUCCAUCAGGGGUGCGCAGUCUGUGUGUGGCUCUCUGGAUCACUGCUAUAAUCAUCAGCAGCAAUGUGGAAGUGUCCCUCGGAGAUCAGGCAAUGGACUGCUGCCUGUCAGUCAGCCAUCAGGUUAUUCCAUCCAACAUUGUGGUGCGCCAUCGUGACCAGGUCAAAGGCGAAGGCUGCCCCAUCAGUGCUGUCAUAUUUGUGACCAAGAAGGGAAAAUAUCUGUGUGCCCCUAGUGGAGAGCAAUGGGUCAACAACCUGAAGACUGAAGUGGACAGAAUUCUGCACAAGUGCCAGAAGAACAACUUCAAGGGGAGACGCUGCCAUGGCAUGAAACUCAAGUACGACUGAGAAGAACCUAAAGAUGAUGAGUACCAAAUAAAAGCAGGAGGUCAACCCGAUCACGGCAGCUAAACAGCUAAAUUAUGACCGCAUGUUGUUUUCAAAAAUGACUUGCUCUUUUCAGUGUCUGUUCUUCACAGCAACAAACCACUUUAUGUUGUAAUAUGAAUAAGCUUUUUUUUUAUCCAAUUUGAUAUAUUUUAUUGUUUGUUUAAAAAAAAAACCAAAGACGUUUUUCAUUUUUUUAUUUUUUCAUUUUUACUGUUCUGUACCUACUGUAGAUUAAGCAAUAAAUGAUUAAAGUGUGAACAA